GGCAGACCAGUUGCAGCGGGUCCCACGCCCCGCCCCGGGAGCUCGCGCUGGCCCUCGGUGCGCGCGGGCGGGUGAGUAUGCAGGGUCUGUGUGUGAACGAGAAAUACCAGGAAGAGUUACCCUCGUCCCGGUCUCAAAGUCCCGCGUCUGAAAGCAGAUUUUUCUGCAGAUAACAAAGACACUUUGUCACUUUGGGCGCUGCCUCGGUGCAAAUCUUUAAUUGCAAGUGGGGGGCGGGGGAUAGAGUGUCUCCAGCAACCCAAGCGCGAGUCUCCAGGCGGCAAGGCCCCCUUUGAUCAGGAAAAUCCAAUUAUUUGUGUAUAUACAUUUCCCACAUAGUGAUUACUUCAUUAAUUGUCCCGCCUUUAUCUCCUCCCUUCCCAUCCCCCCCUAAUAAUCAGUUCUUUUAUCCAGACCAACAAACACACCAUAGGAGCUUUGUGGAUUCAAAGGAUUUGCUUUCGCUUCUGAAAGAGCCGCUAUUCUUUGAUGAUUGGGUAGCGGCAAACUUCAAAGCCAUAAAUCUUCCCUCUGACUGGCUGGCGGCCCAGCAAAGUCCUUAUCAAAUUCUUGGAGGUGAUCCUGAAGCGCUCAGACCGCGCGCGGGGCGAGCGAGCGAGCGGGCUUGCUGGACGCGGGCGGGGAGGGCUCCGGCGCGCAGAGCGGGCGCCGGGGAGCCACGCUGGGCGGCCGCGCGUCCUCGCCUUCGGGUGUCCAUGCCUGGGCGGCGGCGCCCCGCUCCCUGGCCGGCGGCCCCCGAGCUGUAGCCAUGGCCGCGGUGGCCGUCCUCCGGAACGACUCGCUGCAGGCCUUCCUCCAGGUCAGGCUCGGGCCCGGAGGGGCGGGGCAGGUGGGAAGGGCCGCGCGGUCCCUCCUGGAACUGCACGCUGCAGCAGCAGCCUGAGUCGCAAAGGGAAGCCCGCUGCGGUGCAGCCGGAGUCAGACCUAGGCAGCCCACACCAACUUCACACCUACCCUGGUGUCAGGAGUGUGGCCUUUGAGAGAAAGAGAGAGACGCGUGGAGCCAGGGCUUUGGACGAACUGGCUCCGAGUUCAUCCUGCUGAGUCCUCCUACUAAUGCCGGCCUCGAGUGGGUCGAGCGGCGCGAGAGUUUAAAGGAUGCGAGGGCGGGCAGAUGGGCGGCCGGGCUGUGGCGUUCGCAGCCCUUUGCUGACCGCGGGGCCGGGAGCGGCCGUCCGAUGCCUCCGCCUCCCCUUCGAGCCUCCUCUUCACCCCAAGUAGUUUAGCAGCAAGCGCUCGCGCCCGCCGCGCGCAGGACCGCACCCCCAGCGCCUCCCCGGACCUGGGCAAGCACUCGCCGCUGGCGCUGCUGGCCGCCACCUGUAGCCGCAUCGGCCAGCCAGGCGCUGCGGCGGCGGCCCCGGACUUUCUGCAGGUGCCUUACGACCCGGCCCUCGGCUCGCCCUCCAGGCUCUUCCACCCGUGGACCGCCGACAUGCCCGCGCACUCGCCCGGCGCGCUGCCGCCCCCGCACCCCAGCCUGGGGCUGACGCCGCAGAAGACGCACCUGCAGCCGUCCUUCGGGACCGCGCACGAGCUCCCGCUCACGCCCCCCGCCGACCCCUCGUACCCCUACGAGUUCUCGCCGGUCAAGAUGCUGCCCUCGAGCAUGACCACUCUGCCCGCCGCCUGCGCGCCCGCCUAUGUGCCCUACGCCGCGCAGGCCGCGCUGCCGCCGGGCUACUCCAACCUGCUGCCCGCGCCCCCGCCGCCAGCCUGCCGCCAGCUGUCGCCCACCCCGGCCCCCGACGACCUCCCUUGGUGGAGCAUCCCGCAGUCUGGCGCUGGCCCGGGGGCCUCCGGGGUCCCGGGGGGCGGCCUCUCCAGCGCCUGCGCCGGGGCCCCCCACGCCCCCCGCUUUCCAGCUUCCGCGGCGGCCGCCGCCGCGGCAGCUGCAGCCUUGCAGCGGGGCCUGGUGCUGGGCCCGUCGGACUUCGCACAGUACCAGAGCCAGAUCGCCGCGCUGCUGCAGACCAAGGCCCCCCUGGCGGCCACGGCCAGGAGGUGCCGCCGCUGCCGCUGUCCCAACUGUCAGGCGGCGGGCGGUGCCCCCGAGGCGGAGCCGGGCAAAAAGAAGCAACAUGUGUGCCACGUGCCCGGCUGCGGCAAGGUGUACGGCAAGACGUCGCACCUGAAGGCGCACCUGCGCUGGCACACGGGCGAGCGGCCCUUCGUGUGCAACUGGCUCUUCUGCGGCAAGAGCUUCACGCGCUCGGACGAGCUGCAGCGGCACCUGCGGACUCACACCGGCGAGAAGCGCUUCGCCUGCCCCGAGUGCGGCAAGCGCUUCAUGCGCAGCGACCACCUGGCUAAGCACGUCAAGACGCACCAAAACAAGAAGCUCAAAGUUGCUGAAGCCGGGGUUAAGCGAGAGAACUCGCGGGAUCUGUGAGCCACCUCUGGGCUCCUCUGGCCUCGGACUCCCUUCCCAGCACCUACGGGAGAGGGCAGGCGGCCCGGGGCUGUGGGCAGCAGCGCGGGGUCUCAGCGGGCCGGCCUCCCGCUGCCCGCCUCCCAAGCGGCUGCGGCUUGGGCCAGUUCCCGGCUUCCCGACUCCCGGACAGAGGGAGGGGCAAGGGCACCGGGUUAAGGCUGGGAGCCCCGCGUAAAGCCGGGAUGGCUCUUCGGAACCCCGAGCUGGCCGUGCACAUGGGCAAUGCUGCUGAAUGAAAGCGGAGGGACCUCGGGACCUUUGAAGCAGUGCUCGGGUUUUCCCUAAGACUGGUUCGAGCUUUGUACAGGUUAUUUAAUAGCUUUGUUAAAGAGUAAUUAUAAUAAUUUUAACAUUAAUAAAAUUGUUUCUUUUGUCCCCAGCUCCACGCAGAGCUACAGCAUGAUAUGUCUCUGUAAAGCAAACAGCAGUUGCAGCGUGAAAAUAAAUACAUUCGCUCCAGGGUCACCUCGGGAAGACCCGCAGA